AUAUUCCCCAUUUCACGGCCAUUACAAUAAUUUAAUUGGUCUACAUUAACUUUUUUUACAUUAAAUUAAACUGUUUUCUAAUAGAAAUGGAAUAAAUAUUUCAAAAAACCUCAGAACUUGUAUAAAUAACGAAGAUUCUUCAAUAAGUUACAAAUCCACACCAAAAAUGGAAACUAAACGUGAACUCAUACCUCCGGUGAUCCUUCUCCUCCUCCUUCAGUCCUUCCUCCACACUACCGCCGCUAGCGGCAUCGCAGUCUAUUGGGGCCAGAACGGCAACGAAGGCACCCUCGCACAAACCUGCGCCACCGGCAGAUUCUCCUACGUCAACAUCGCCUUCCUCAACAAAUUCGGCGGCGGCCAAACCCCCGAACUCAACCUCGCCGGCCACUGCAACCCAUCCACCAACUCCUGCCGCGUCGUCAGCGACGGAAUCCGCGCCUGCCAGAGCCGCGGCAUCAAGGUCAUGCUCUCCAUCGGUGGAGGCAUCGGUAACUACUCUCUCUCCUCCACACAAGACGCCCGAGAUUUCUCUCUCUACUUGUGGCACAAUUUCCUCGGCGGCGGAGGAGGAUCCGCCGCCAGGCCUCUCGGAGACGCUGUUCUGGACGGCAUAGACUUCGAUAUCGAGCUCGGAUCGCCUCUAUACUACGACGAUCUCGUUAAAUUUUUGAAACGGUUCAGUAGAAGAGGGAGGAAAGUGUACGUGACCGGUGCGCCGCAGUGCCCUUUCCCUGAUCGUCUAUUGGGGGCGGCGCUUAAUACGAGCCUAUUCGAUUAUGUUUGGGUACAGUUUUACAAUAACCCUCCAUGCCAGUACACUUCAGGAAAUACGGUUAAUUUGAAGAAUUCGUGGCUGCGUUGGACGAGUUCUGUUAAGGCUGGGAAGAUAUUCCUUGGACUUCCGGCGGCGCCUCAGGCCGCCGGGAGCGGCUUCAUCCCGGCGGAUGUGCUGACGGCGGAGAUUCUUCCGGUGAUUCGGAAAUCGAGGAAGUAUGGUGGGGUGAUGCUGUGGUCCAAGUAUUGGGAUGAUCGAAGUGGUUACAGUACUUCCAUUGUCAAAAGUGUGUGAUUUUAGGAAAAUUUGUUUAUUAAUUAUUAUUUUUUUUUCGCUGAAGAAUAAAAAAUAAAAUAGGGGGAAAUAAAUGAAUUAUAUUUUAACAUUUAAUAUAAAUAAUCAAACAUAUUAAGAGACUUUUACCUCUUCAAUUUACUUUGUUUACGACUUUGACUAGCUUAUUGGUGUUCUGUAUUUGACUGAAUUAAUGGUAGUAAAGUCAGAAGCGUUAUUUGUGGAUGAUUAUUAAUUUAUUAUUAAAUAUUAAAUAAUUUUAUCAUUGACAAUGACACUGGUUGAAGAUAUCUAAUCCAAAUCUCCUUUUUAUAAUGAUCCUUAGAGAAAAGGUCGCUUUUAUUUAUGAGAGAAUAAAUUAUAAUUUAAUUUCAUUCAACUAACAAAUUCAAGUCCAAAGAACUAGGUGAGAUUAGAUCCAAGUAAAAAACAUUGGGAAAA